AAGAACAUUUAAAAAACGGUCGUUUUCAGAUGAGGGCGCUGUUGCAUUGCCAGGUCGUUUAUGACGUAACGGAAGAAGAAGAAGAAGGAGAGUUGACUUGAAGACCUGGUUUAAGUAAUAAUCACCGAAGUAGAAUGACCACCGCUGCUCUGACUGCGGGUCUAGAGCGGAUCCCGGAUCAGCUCGGAUAUCUUGUCAUCAGUGAGGAUGGAGUACUGGCUUCUGCAGGCGAGAUGGAGAAUGACGAACACACCGCGGGCAUCAUGAUGGAGAUGGUGAGAACAGCAAGUCGCUUCAGGUUACCCGGGACAGCCGACCCCGCCUUCAAACGCAUGUCAGUUAUUCUGGAUGACUUUGUUUAUGUGGUGACCAUCUCUGGACAGAAGGUUUUUGUGGUCAAGCGACAGCACAACCAGCAUGAACCAAUCAGUGUUUAGGUCAAAGGAUGACAUGAUGUGGUCAAGUUGUUGUUGUCUCUAAUCAAUUUGUGUGUUAAAUUUUUUGUGAAUAAAGUCAUUCCGAAUGUU